UCUUGGCCGCAUUGUCUCUUUGCAUAUCUCAUAUACCCAAGUGUUGCAUGAGUCGGGAAAAACUUUUUGUCUUGAUCAAAUUACAAUAAAACCGAUAGACUUCACUUUCUUUCGAUCUAUCAUUCGGGUCAGUCGACGUGCGUCUACCAGUUCUGGCAUGUUCUCCCCUAAACCACGAAGACUCAUUCGAGACGUCAGAGAUAACGCUUCCUGGGUGUGAAUCAUCAAAAUCUUCCUUCAUCAAGGGGUCAAGUAAGCUUGGUGACAUUUUGCACAAGUGGCCCUACAUGAAAAACAAUGACAGUAAUCUAAUCAUUGUACGAACUAGAAAGAGUUUUGUGGUAAAUUAGGUAACUACCUUGUUUGUAUGAUCAACUAUAGCAAUAACUCACUUAUUUUACAUAGGCAGACUUGUUCCAACUUUAUUUAUCUUUGCCGCAAUGGUUUAUGGGUAAUCCGGAGUGCAGCCAGCCAUCCAGCUCGAUCGAAACGGCGUUGCUGAAAAAGUGGAAGUUACAAAGGUAAACAGGGACGCUGUCAACACAACACUAGCGAGAAACGAUGGAAUGGACCUCAACCGACAAUUUUUCUACAUCGAUGUCUGUGGACACCGAGGAUGUUACUAUCUAGGCUAGCUAAUGCCAAUUGUUGAACAGCCACAUAGGCUACGAGUCAAACAACAAUUCGCCCGUUCAGUCUAUUCAAUUUCAGCAGUGCAAUGAGUCUGAACGAACAUUCAUUGCAAGCACUGUCGUGGAGGAAGCUUUACUUGAGUCGAGCAAAACUGAAGGCUUCCAGUCGAACGUCUGCUCUACUGUCUGGGUUCGCUAUGGUAGCAAUGGUGGAGGUUCAGUUGGACACAAGCUAUCCAUACCCACCUGGUCUCCUCAUUGCCUUCAGUGCCUGCACCACAGUGUUGGUGGCUGUUCACCUCUUUGCCCUGAUGGUUAGUACCUGCGUCCUGCCUAAAGAGGCAGUCAGUAAUGUUCACAACCUCAACUCGGUGAAGGAGUCUCCACAUGAGAGAAUGCACCACCACAUAGAGCUGGCCUGGGCCUUCUCCACAGUCAUUGGCACCCUGCUCUUCCUAGCUGAGGUGGUGCUCCUCUGCUGGGUCAAAUGUUUACCCAUUAGGCCUAAGAACCACAACCCCAACAAUGGGACCAUAUCUGCAGGUGUGGCUGCUGCCAUCACCUCCACCUCCAUCAUGGUGCCUUUUGGCCUGAUAUUUAUAGUCUUUGCUGUACAUUUCUAUCGUUCCCUUGUCAGCCACAAGACAGACAGGCAGUUCCAGGAGCUGGAGGAGUUAUCCAACCUGACCAGGCUGCAGAAUGAGCUGGACAGUAGAGGGGAGUCCCACUUGCCAUCCCCCGGCUCUCAUUUCCCAUAAAGACUAACCUCUUGUUGAUAAUGUCUAUUUCAAGCCAAUCCUUUGUUGCCAAUAGUUUUAUUUCUAUUAAAGCAUUACAUAAUUUCAAAA